AUGUCUCAUAGUGAUAAGAGAGAUUUUAAUGAAACAAUUGAUAGCGACGAAGAGCAAACGUCGAAGAAGAGGAAAAUUAAGCCACAAUCAGAGUCGAGCGAUCUGUACUUGGACACAAUCAAUCGACACAUGUUGGAUUUCGAUUUUGAAAAAGUCUGUUCUGUUAGUUUAUCAAACCUGAAUGUGUAUGCGUGUUUGGUCUGUGGGAAAUAUUUUCAAGAUGGGUAUGAGGUAAAGGAUUCGACUCUGGACGACAUCAAGUAUGUACUCCAUCCGACGUUCACAAAAGAACAAGUAGCUCAGUUGGAUCAGAAUCUGAAAGCGUCCUAUGAUUUAAAUAAUAAAAAAUAUUUACCAGGUUUUGUUGGGUUGAACAAUGUGAAAGCAAAUGAUUAUGUGAAUGUAAUUAUACAAGCACUAGCACAUAUUCCUCCAUUGAGAGAUUACUUCAUACUGCAGAACUUUGAGAACAAAUCACAAUUAGUUCAGCGUUUCAGCAUAUUAGUACGCAAGAUUUGGAAUCCAAAGGCAUUCAAAGGGCAAGUCAGCCCUCACGAGUUGCUGCAAGAGAUUUCCAACGCGUCAAACAAACGGUUCAAGCUCUCCGAACAGAGCGAUCCGCUAGAAUUUCUGUCGUGGUUCUUGAACGCACUACAUAAGGACUUGGGGGGAACUCGGAAGGAAGAAAGCAGUAUCAUAUAUAAGAUAUUUCAAGGAGAAGUUAAAGUCGAAAAACAAAGUGUAAUCGUAAAAGAAGAUGCUGACGAGAAGGAUCGGUUGACAUUUGAUCUUGAUAGAGAGAUCGCAACAACUUCUUCACCUUUUUUGUUUUUGACGCUGGAUUUACCUCCGCCGCCACUAUUUCAAGAUGAGAUCGAAAAAAAUAUUAUCCCACAGGUUCCAUUGACAGCCAUAUUAUCAAAAUACGAUGGGCACACUUCCCAAGAAUCAGCGGGAAUGCUUCGUCGUUUCCAAUUGACAAGAUUGCCAAAUUAUAUCAUAUUCCAUAUCAAGCGGUUCACCAAGAACAACUGGUCAUCCGAAAAGAAUCCUACAAUAGUCAACUUCCCUAUUAAAAACAUUGACAUGCGAGAAUACUUAUUGACGGAAAACUCGGAUACCUCUCAAAAACUCUCGACUCACUUUGACUUGAUCGCAAAUAUUUCACACGAGGGGAAGCCAGGAAAGGGUAACGGCAUAUAUAAAGUCCAUGUACAGAAUAGAGGGAAAGAACAAUGGUACCAAAUACAAGAUCUCAUAGUGGAAGAGAUAAAUGCACAGAUGAUAUUCUUGAGCGAGAGUUAUAUCCAGAUUUGGGAGAGAAAACUCGAGACUUGA